AUGUCCCGAUUAGGCCGGCCGCGGCCCCCACGAUCAGGGUCUGAUGGAAAGUGGGGGGAGGUUCUGGAUCGGGGUUCAACGACGUUAACUAGCUUGGGCGGGUUGUGUCAUCGGAUAUCACUCGGAUGCAGGACAGUUUCUGUUGAGGUCAAUGCUAAGCGCCGGCACGGAGGAUUACGAACUACGCAGCAAGAAUGGCGGAGUUAUUUAUGCCUAAAGCAAUAUGCCGGCGUUUCCUUCUCACUUUCUGUGAAUAGCAUUUUCGGAGUUGUCGAGGUUGAUUGUCGUCUAUUAAUGGCGAGCUCCGAAAAUUACUUAGACCAGCCGCCGCUGUACCUAUAUUCAUUUAAGCGUAAACACUUAAACACCUGGCGGCCCGACAGAUUAAGCCAGAAGAACGGAUUAUUAGUAUUGAUGGACAUCUGUUCUGCGCAUGCUAGCGGUGAAUGCAGGAGACCCCAUGAGCUUGCAAUUGAUCAAGCAUGCCCGGCCUGUAGACAGUACCUGGUUUACACACUCUCAAGCGGAGGCCUCUGCUACUUGGGGAGGCAGUCCCGAAGAUGA